CGCCGGAGAUGGAUGGAUCUCCCCUCCUGAGCCCUUGGGGCUCCCUGCCAGACAGCCUGCCGAGCCUUCUCUCAGAUCCAGGCUUCCCUUCCCCGUGCGAUGCUGCUGAUUCAUCCUGGGGCUGGAGUCCGCGGUGCUGCGGGGCUCGGGGCCUCCCGGGGAGGGUGUUUCAAGGACGAUCGCAUCGUCUUCUGGACGUGGAUGUUCUCCACCUACUUUAUGGAGAAGUGGGCCCCGCGCCAGGACGACAUGCUCUUCUACGUGCGCCGGAAGCUGGCGUUCGCAGGCAGCGAGGGCGCCCUGGACGGGCGGAAGCUGGCGGAGGCCGAGCCCGAGGUGGAGGUGGAGGUGUACCGGCGGGACUCCAAGAAGCUGCCGGGCCUCGGAGACCCGGACAUCGACUGGGAGGAGAGCGUCUGCCUGAACCUCAUCCUGCAGAAGCUGGACUACAUGGUGACCUGUGCUGUGUGCACGCGAGCCGACGGCGGGGACAUCCACAUCCACAGGAAGAGGUCCCAGCAAGUGUUCGCGUCCCCCAGUAAGCACCCCAUGGACAGCAAAGGGGAGGAGUCCAAGAUCAGCUACCCCAACAUCUUCUUCAUGAUCGACAGCUUCGAGGAGGUGUUCAGCGACAUGACCGUGGGGGAAGGGGAGAUGGUCUGCGUGGAGCUGGUGGCCAGUGACAAGACCAACACGUUCCAGGGAGUCAUCUUUCAGGGCUCCAUCCGCUACGAGGCGCUCAAGAAGGUGUAUGACAACCGAGUGAGCGUGGCAGCCCGCAUGGCCCAGAAGAUGUCGUUCGGCUUCUACAAGUACAGCAACAUGGAGUUUGUACGCAUGAAGGGGCCCCAGGGCAAGGGCCACGCUGAGAUGGCCGUCAGCCGCGUGUCCACCGGCGACACGUCCCCCUGCGGGACCGAGGAGGACUCUAGCCCGGCUUCGCCCAUGCAUGAGCGGGUAACCUCCUUCAGCACACCCCCCACCCCCGAGCGGAACAACCGGCCCGCCUUCUUCUCCCCAUCUCUCAAGAGGAAGGGGCCGCGGAACCGGAUCACGGAGAUGAAGAAGUCUCACUCCGCCAAUGACAGCGAGGAGUUUUUCCGGGAGGACGACGGGGGAGCUGACCUGCACAACGCCACCAACCUGCGAUCUCGCUCCCUGUCGGGCACGGGGCGCUCCCUGGUCGGGUCCUGGCUGAAGCUGAGCAGGGCGGACGGGCACUUCCUUCUCUAUGCACACCUGACCUACGUCACUUUGCCGCUGCAUCGGAUUUUAACAGACAUCCUGGAAGUUCGGCAGAAGCCCAUCCUGAUGACCUAGCCGUGUGCGGAGCCCGCGCGGAGCCCCCCAGCCCUGCCCAGUCCUGGGAGUGCUGCCAAGUGCCUACCUGCCCACCGCCACUGGGGUCUUCCAGGACCACCCAGCGCUGGAGCCGGAGCCAGGCGGGGCCGCUCGACUCCUGGGGCCAGGGCCGACUCCACGAACACCAGCCCAAACUGAAGUGCCUCUUCCUCGUCCCUGCUGGCCCUGCUCUGGCCCCCGCGCCCGCCCACCCACCACCCUCAGCCUGUCUCUGGGGGAACCCUCUGCACCCUGAGGAGCAGACCCGCCAGUAGGCCGCAAGAGAGCAAGGGAGCGGCCAGCUCGUGGACCCGACGCUCACCUCCCAGCAGACAGCAGGGAGACCACCUGGCUGGAGCCGCACCACGUGUCCAGCGCUCACGGAAAACCAGUUUAAGAUGUGGUGACGCUGAUCUGAUGAGUUAGUCCCGAUCGUCUGUCCUCCCAGCUUCCCCACGGUCGUCUUUAGAUGGGUUUCCACAGGGAGCACGGCCGUCUGCUGGCUCUGCCCUGGGCUGGGAAUACCUCACCCCACGCCCGGCUCCAGACCAGCCCUCGUCCCGCCAGAAUGGCCUUUGAUUCCAGCCAAAGAGCAUCACCCACAUACACACACCUCCAACCUGGAGACGACCUGUCUGCACCUCGGCUGACAUGACCUGCAGUAUUGGGGUCUUGGGGGCAGGAGGGAGGGGUCGUACCCAGACAGGAGAAGGGUGGGGUCUCCUGCAGGAAGGGUGGAUGGUGCGCUGUGGGGUCGACGUCCUCCCAGGAAGGUUCCAGGCCGAGCCUCCGUCCUCCGGGGCCAGGGCAGGGACUGGAGCGUCUAGUCUUCCCUGCUUUCCUGGAGCUCAUUUUCUUUGGCUGGGUGUGCGGGUCCCACCUCUCAGGCCAGUCACUGAGGCAAAGAGGCAUUGGCUUCCCUGUGGCCUGGGGCUGGUCAGGCCUCCUUCCAGCUUGGACGGAAGGUUUCCGUCUGCGGGGACACACCGUGCUCCUCUCAGAACCGCGAGCCUCCCCGGGAGCAGAAAUGUCGCUCCUGCCGCUUCCCACGGGAUAAGCCGUCAGCUGGGUCUCUGCUGCUCUGUGCACACCCUCAGGGAUAUCUGAAGGGUCCCUGGUGUGCGGGUAGCGACUCCCCUGGGGGAGGAGAGGGGGAAGGAGGAGGGGCUCGUGUUCCUGUCCGUUUCUGUCCUUCGUGCUCCAAGGGUUUGCUUCGAGCUCCGGGAAACAGGGGGACUCCUUUGGGGCUUCUCCAGAUUUUGUAUGCUGUUAUUAAAAGCGAGCUACUGCAUUUCAUUCUGCCUCAGUUUGCCCACCUAUGAAUGGGGCUGAUACCACCUACCUCACUGAAGUCUCCAGGGUUCUAGCGCACGACCAGGUCAGGGUGAGAUGGCCAGUCAUUCCGCAUAGCUCAGCUCAGGUGUCGGGUCAUAGGAAUGCUUUCCUCCCCCUCCCUGCCCACCCCAACCCUGUCACCCGGGCUAAGAAGGCGAGUGGUGGGAUCGGGGCGAACAUUCUCACCUUCUCUGACAGCGCCCGGCUCACCCAUGUUCGGCCGCAUCUCAGCUCCUCACACAAUUUGACCAUCUGACGUCCCAAAGCUGCGUCUUCCAGCCCCAGAGCGCUGGAGUAGAGCUUCAGGGAGCCGGGAGCCCGGCCCAGGGUCCUGAGACGGGGGUUGAGUGUUGCCUGGGCUCCUUUCCUUCCUGGUUUUCUGGGGUCUGAAGGCUCUGGGCCCCGACCUCGGGAGAAAUGCAGUCCUGACUCAUCUCCCGGCGGUGAGGUCGUUCAGCACACGUGCAACUGCAGGGCCCUCCCCGUCGUCAGCGGUGAGGAGCCGGACGAGGGGCCUCCCACUGGGGCCAGGAAUAGGCUCCCCUGUUGAGAGCCGCGUAGGGUAACUGAGGGCCAACUGCAGGAAGGUUGUAUGCAUGCUUUGCAGAUCUUAGAAAUGAGGGCCUGGGGUUAGCAAUCACAGCUCACUCGUAAAGUGCAUGAACAGACGCGCAGCACGGUUUGGCUGUUUCGUAUCCAACGUUGAGGAGUCCCUGGCGUACGCAGGCGCUGCGCUGGACUUUUAGGUGCCAUCAUCACCCCCGUCUUAGAGACGAGGAGGCCGCCACAGAGAGGUUAGGUGAACUGUCCCAAGACUGAACAGCGAGUGGGGCAGCAGGAGCACAGCCCAGGUGUCCAGCUCUGUGGACACUGAGCCGCGACCCCCUGCCACCCAGGACGGACACAGGAGCGGAGCUUUCUCAGUCUUAAACCCUCCCCCGGGCACUUCUGACACUUGAUCUAAACAAGCGUAGAGGCGUUUGGUCACUAGGCAGUAAGCCCUUGCUCUGAGUUUUGCUUUUUUCGGUCCCAAAUGACUUCAGUAACAGAGUCACAGAGAGGCACGUGACAGCUGGAACUGGGCCUCCAGCGUCCCGGGGCGUCUCGGUGUUGCCACACCUCACUUCCUGUAAGGCCAUCUUUCAUUUUGCAAGAACAUGCCUGACUUCUGUAACAUGGAGGUGGCCAGAGCUGUGGACAUGUCUUAAAUGGGAACUGGAUUCAAGUCCGGGGUUCCUUUGAAGAAACCUGUAACCUUUAAGCUUUUUAAGGACAUGAGCGAGGCAGCUCCCUGCUUUACAGUGAAACGGCUCGGUCCUGCAGCCAGGCCGGGCCUGCUGUCUGUCUGCAUCUCCCAGCGCCUGAGGGUUCAGGCAGCAUUGAGCCUCCAUUCCAGUGUCUGAUAGAAGGAAUGUUCAGUUGUCUGUGAAAACAGCUGAGCCUAGCUACUUCAAAAGAAUAUUAUUUAAAACAAAUAUCAUUUAAAACAUUCGGUAACAGAGAAGUUGUCAAAGACAAGCAAAGUAUCCUAUAGCCAGUCAGCUUGGAGAUAGCGUGGGUUUUCUGGUGAGUCAGAGCCUUGUUAACAUUUGGGCUUUUCAAGGACUGUGAGCAAAGCAUCAGAAAUCAACCAGGUUUCUACCAAAGAUGCUAAUGACAGGAAGGCAUAUUCCUGAUGUGGUUUUGUUUUUUUUUCCCCAAAGAAUCUAGCUAGAGUCAAACCAGGAUUUCUUUUUGCUAUUUUAAUCACAUAAACUAGUCAGUAAACAUUUUCGAAGAAUGAUGUGAAAACAUCAUUUUUUUUCUGUUAAAAGACAUUCCAGAGAAAGUCCCUAUGCAGUUACUAUUGUCUAAUGACUGACAUUUGAAAAACAUAUUUGACAUUAUCAUAAUACAGGCAUUUUAAAUUGCUGGCCAAAUUUUUAAGGUUUACAGAUAAAACUGUUAACUUACACCUUGGUAAUAGGAUCCACUCUGAUAAUUCUGUUCAGUUUUCCGGUGCAGCUAGAAUUUAGUUUCAAAAGCCAAGUGUCUUUUGACAGUUCAUGGAUUAUUCCUGUUCAGGCCUUUUCUUUCCUGAGUAUCAGAAAGCAGAGCUGUUUCUCUUUGAAAGGUAUCCGCCCUAGUGGGACAGACUCCGGCAGCAAUGCGAUGCUGGCCCAGGUCGGGCCCCAGAGCCGGGAUGAAGCAGCGUCUAGGGGCGUCAGACGUCCUUUGGACAGGGCUCCUCUCUGGCCAGAGUCCCGCCCCAUCCUCCCAGGAGCUGGGUGCUGGGGGCACCGUGGCUUCUUUCCCUUGUCCCUGCUCACGGACUGACUGGGCACUGACGUGGCCAUGGAUGGAAAGGAGCCCUGAAGCCCUUCCUUCGUCUGAGCCCCAGGGCAGCACACGGAAGCCAAAUCAGUUGAACACCGAGUGGCCUGGCGUUGGGUUCAGAGUCCACAGCGGGUAGAGCCUCGGGAGCAGAGGCAGCCGGCCUCGUGGAGGUGUUUGUUUACAGUUCUCUACCCUACUGAGGCGGGCGGGCAUCUUUGCGGCUGCGGCUCCAGCCCUGAGCUCAGCAGAUCAAAGCCCACAGCGAUGCUCCAGCUCCGCUCCGGGUAUCCAGUCUCUCGUUUCCCCACUUCCUGAAGGUUGGGCUAUUUAGGUGUAAAUAGUAAUCUUUCAUGGUCUCCAAACGGAUUCUAUGUGUGACAAUAUGUAAACCUGAAAAGAAAACCUGUGGAGGUUUUUCACAACUUUGAGGCUCAAUUAAAAUGAUUUCUACAAAGUAUAUUUUAGCAGAAACACCACGACGGCGUACUUUGACUGUAUUAGGAUCUGUUGGUGGUGUUUCCAUAAGCACUGUCAACGGCUUCGGGAUUAACCAUCUUCCACAUACAAUAGGAAUAAUUUCUAAGCAGUAAUUGUGGUUGGCUGUUAGCCGUGCUUUAUGACUUUGCAUUUCUUUUGAAAGUUGAUUUGCAUGUUGGGUAUUAUUUAUUUCUUCUCUAUUGAAUCUGUACCAUUAUUUUUUUCUCUAAAGGGUGUUUCGGAUUAAAUACGGAUACUACUUCAA